CAACGAAACGGCAGAAGGUGGAACCCGCGUCGUGCCGUUGAAACGUAUCUGAGGAAAGGGAAACUUAAAUUAAUCAAAGCUCAAAGCUCAAAGCUUCGCCGGACGAUCUGGUGACUACAUUCUACUGAGAGAGAAACAAUCUUCGUUGGGUUCCGAGUUUUCCGAUCAAUUUUUUUCAGUCAUCGGCUGGCUUAAUUGUGCUUUGAUCUGAGGAAGAAGAGCUUGUGUGUUUUAAGGAGUGACUCGUUUUAAUCAUCGAGCUCUGUUUACCUUCUUGCCCGAGGAAGCUUUAGGGCUUUUUCGGUGGAUCAAGAGGGAAGGGAGGAUUACACGUAUUCAUAGAUUCAUCAGGAUUUUUUGAUUGAUCAUUAUUUUUUUUGGGUGAGAAUCUGAGAGUAGAGGCAAUGAGCUCAGUCUCGGGUGUUAUUUCGAGGCAAGUUUUGCCAGUUUGUGGUAGCCUUUGCAUUCUUUGCCCCGCCCUGCGUGCAAGGUCUAGACAGCCUGUCAAGAGGUACAAGAAGCUCAUUGCUGAUAUUUUCCCUCGUAAUCAGGAUGAAGGCCCAAAUGACCGGAAGAUAGGAAAACUAUGUGAAUAUGCUGCAAAGAACGCUGUGCGAAUGCCAAAGAUAUCAGAUUCUCUCGAACAAAGAUGUUACAAGGAAUUGAGGAAUGAGAAUUUCCACUUGGCAAAGAUAGCUAUGUGCAUUUACAGAAGGCUUCUGGUCACUUGUAAGGAGCAAAUGCCUCUUUUUUCUAGUGGCUUUCUAAGGACGGUGCAAGCUCUUUUGGAUCAAACUCGACAAGAUGAAAUGCAGAUAAUUGGAUGUCAGUCUCUUUUCGAAUUUGUGAAUAACCAGAAGGAUGGCAGUUCCCUGUUUAACUUAGAAGGCUUUCUCCCAAAGCUGUGCCAAUUAGGACUGGAAGGUGGGGAUGAUGACAGAUUGCGGAGUCUGCGUGCAGCAGGACUUCAAGCGCUUUCAGCGAUGAUUUGGCUGAUGGGUGAAUACUCUCAUAUCCCCAGCGACUUUGACAAUGUUGUCUCAGCAGUCUUGGAAAAUUAUGGUCAUCCCAAAAUAUCAACAAAUGCUAAUGAUAGUGGCAGAAAGUGGGUGGAUGAAGUCUUGAAAAAUGAAGGUCAUGUCGCUUAUGCAGAUUCCCUCAUAAAUGUUCCUUCUUGGAGAACAGUUGUGAAUGACAAGGGUGAACUAAAUGUCAAAAUGGAAGAUUCCUUGGACCCUAGCUUUUGGUCCAAGGUUUGCCUAUAUAACAUGGCCAAGCUAGGUGAAGAGGCCACAACCAUGAGACGUAUACUUGAGUCUGUGUUCCGUUACUUUGAUGAGGGAUAUCUAUGGUCAAAAGAGAAUUCGAUUGCAUUCCCUGUUUUAAGGGAUCUGCAGUUUUUAAUGGAAAUAUCUGGGCAAAGAACACACUUUAUACUGUCUAUGUUGAUUAAACACCUUGAUCAUAAAAGUGUGCUUAAACAGCCAAGUAUGCAGCUCAACAUUUUAGAGGUUACUUUUUCCCUUGCUGAAAUUGCAAAAGUUGAGUACUCAGCAGCAAUAGUCAGCGCAAUAAGCGAUAUCAUGAGGCACUUGAGAAAAUGCAUGCAUUCUUCUCUAGAUGAAGCAAAUCUGGGAACUGACGCAGCAAACUGUAACAGAUUGGUCAGUGUAGCUGUUGAUAAGUGCCUCGUCCAACUGACAAAAAAGGUUGGAGACGCUGGCCCAAUUCUAGAUGCUAUGGCUAUGAUGUUGGAGAAUAUUUCAGCUGUCACAAACGUAGCAAGAACCACAAUUGCUGCUGUUUUUCGCACCGCUCAGAUUAUAGCCUCUUUACCAAAUCUGUCAUAUCAAAACAAGGCUUUUCCCGAGGCCUUAUUCCAUCAGUUACUUCAAGCUAUGGUCCAUCCAGAUCAUAAAACACGGAUUGGCGCACACCGUAUAUUUUCUGUUGUGCUGGUACCAACCUCAGUAUGCCCACGCCCUUCCUCGACCACUACUGAUCUUAAGAAAGGAAUGGGUCUUCCUCGUUCACUUUCAAGGACCGCGUCUGUCUUUUCCUCCUCAGCAGCCCUUUUCGAGAAGCUGAAGAAGGAUAAAUUUUCAUCAAUGUUAACUUCUGAUCAGAGCCAAAACGAAAUGCCUGCGGAAGAAUCUGGAAGCAAUAGGGGGGAAAUCCUUGACAGAUUGAAAUCUUCAUACAGUCAGGCAUAUAGCACUUGGAAUCAACCAGUGACCUCACUAGAAGAUAACUCUGUGGAUCUUUUAAACUCUGAGCUGGAUGCUGUCUAUAUAAGGCUAAGUAGUCACCAGAUAGGUCUUUUGCUUUCAUCAAUCUGGGCGCAAUCCAUAUCUCCAGCAAAUACACCAGACAAUUAUGAGGCGAUUGCUAACACCUACAGUCUUGUAUUGUUGUUCUCUCGUGUUAAGAACUCAAGUCACGAAGCUUUAAUUCGAAGUUUCCAAAUGGCACUUUCUUUGCGAGAUAUUUCUUUAAUGGAAGGAGGACCACUUCCUCCAUCUCGACGAAGGUCACUCUUUACUCUGGCUGCAUCAAUGGUUCUCUUUUCUUCAAAAGCAUUCAAUCUUUUUUCUCUGGCGGAUUUUACAAAAGUAGCACUUCAGGGACCAAGGCUCGACCCAUUCUUGCACUUGGUUGACGAUCACAAGUUGAAGGCUGUAAAUUCAGAUCAGCUAAAAGUUGCUUACGGAUGCGAAAGAGAUGAUUCCUCAGCUUUAGAUUGUCUUUCCAACAUAGCAGUCUCCACUGAGCAUAGCAGAGGAACACUCGUCUAUGAAAUUGUCAAAAGCUUAGAAGAUAUGUGCAAUUCUGAAAUGGACAAAAUGCGGGAGCAGUUACUCACUGAAUUCAUGCCAGAUGAUGCAUGUCCACUUGGAACCCGGUUUUUAGAAGACAACCAGAAAACCCAUUCUGGAGAUGUUAAACCUCAAAAAAUGGACGCGGCACUCUUCUCUCACGAGGAUCAAGAAUUUGGAGAUGGCUCUGAAACCGUAACAAAGAAUAAUCCUGUAACAUUUUCUGAAAUCCCAGACCUCCUGACCGUCAAUCAAAUUCUAGAAUCUGUCGUUGAGACAACACGUCAAGUGGGUAGAAUUUCUUUUCAUACUGCAGCUGAUGCUUCAUACAAAGAAAUGACGCUUCAUUGUGAGAAUCUAUUAAUGGGAAAACAGCAGAAGAUCUCAAGUCUUUUGAGUUCUCAGCUGCGACAUGACAGUUCUGUUAACUGCUCUCCACGUCAGCAUGAUGAAGAGAUCACGACCGCAACUUUUCAUCCUAUGAUCAAUUCAACAUUUUAUACCGAGGUCGAAGUCCCUUUACUGGUGAAAGAAUUCGACAUGAAAUCGCCAAGAACUCCAGUGGGAACUAUUCAGACACAGUGCUUUGCAGAACUACAAAAUAACCAACAAGCAUUUAGAUUACCAGCCUCAAGCCCUUACGACAAUUUCCUUAAAGCUGCUGGCUGUUGAUAAUCGGCAAGAUCCAAACCAUGUUUGGCUUUGAAUUCCAGUCAAGAACUCAAACAAAACAUAACAAAGCUAGGUUUGUUUGGUCUUCAAAGUCUUGAGUUGCGUAUUUAGAAUCUUUAGCAUCAUUAAUCGGAAUUACCUCCGUCGUGCUAUACUUAGAUCAUUCCUCGUAGGUUUUUUUAAUUCCCAUCUCCUCUUUUGCUUUUUCACUUAUUCUUUUGUCCAGUUCAUUUGUUUCUUUUUGGUGUGAUUUGUAAAAAAAUUGAAAGAGGCCAUCUGGUUUUCACGUGGUCUUGUAAUCUAAAGAUUUUUUUGAUUCCACAACAAGGCUUGAUGAACAGUUUCCCCCA